CCAUCUGCGUCUCAAGCAGUUGAGGAAGAAAUCGAAGAAGAUUCUGUGGACGAGGAGGCCAAGGACGAAAUCUACUGCACCAUGGCCACCAAUGUUGUUGGCAUACAAUAUUACAAAGGUUUGGUUGGUCCUGGGGAAGAAGUUCUCCUGGUUCGGGAACCUAAUAAUCCGUAUGAUAGGAACGCCAUUCAAGUGAAAAAUAUAGGACAUGUUCAAGUUGGUCAUCUUCCUCGGAACGUUGCAUCGAAAUUGGCCACUCUCAUGGACAGGCAACUGGUGACGGUUGAAGGAUGGCGGGUUCUAGCUGAUGUUUAUCAAAAAGUUUCUGGUUCCAGGGGUUAUACCCUCUCCUUACGUUUGAAGAUAUUUGGCCCAUCUGACAAAAGAAAUUCCUUGGAGCCCCUUCUGGGAUGGGCCACCCCUGGUCAGCGAGGGUUUCCAUCUCGUCAAACCGCAACCAGCACCCCUGUUGUUCCUGCUUCGGUUGGCCGCACUCCUUCUGCUGCCAAAGCCGCUGAGUUGAGGCAGAUGUUAAGCAGCCUAGAAAAAGUCGACGACGAGGGACGGCGCGGCUCGUUGCUUGACACACUCUGUUCCACCGAUGAUGUCCUGAGCCUUCCUUUGCACCCGAAUCCACCUAGUUUGGAGACUGGCGAAUUGACAGUAAACCUAAUGCGACAUCAGGCCACCUUGCAGUGGUGCAUCGAGCGUGAAAACCCAGUUUUACCCAAGAAGGAGGGGGAUAAGCCCGUCCAGUUCUGGCAGCUAAGGAAGAAUGGUAGCUCCUCCUAUUAUUAUAACAUUGCGACUAAGACGCCGCAGACGGCCCCACCCGCCUUGGGAAGGGGAGCGUUAUGCGCGGAUGCAAUGGCACGUUUUUAUCUCUCAGGAAAAACUUUGACUAUGAUUUCUCUGAUUAUCGCCACAAAGAAGGACAACAAUCCAGUUGAAAUGUUCUACUGUUCAUCAUUGAUGUUCCCCGCAGUUGCCCCACUUUCCGUGUUAUCUAACUGGGAUAAACAAAUAAAAGAUCAUUGCACUCCCGGCACCUUGUCUACCUGUGUAUAUUAUGACACUAAUCGCUCGAUGAGCUCUGCAGAACUUCACAAAUUUGACGUGGUAAUCACGACUUAUCAAAUUGUUGCCGGCGAACAUGCGGACGCAACAAACACCGUGGCUCACAGCAAAAAGAAGAAAAAAUUAGACCGUAGCUUAUUUGAGGUUAACUGGAAGAGGAUCAUUCUUGACGAAGGGCAUGUUAUUCGUAACCCCAAGACGAAGAUGGCGAGGGCAGUUGUCGCACUGAACGCGGACAGACGUUGGGUUUUGACUGGAACACCUAUUAUCAACUCUCCAAGGGAUCUUGGAUCCUUACUCACAUUUCUUCAAAUCUGUCGCCCAUUGGACAAUGAGGACUUUUACAAACGUCUUCUACUCAGGCCCCUCAAGAAUGGAGAAGCUGCUGGGGUUGAGUUGCUUCGCGCUCUAAUGAGUCACAUAUGCAUCCGUCGAACCAAAGAAAUGCAAGACGCCAAUGGUCUUCCUUUGAUCCCCCUUCCACCUGUUGAAAUGAUCAAAGUGCCUGUUGCACUUAACGAGGAAGCUAGACGGCUCUACGACGAAGUCCAGCGCGUUUCACAACAACGAUUUGAGAACUUCAUAAACAGAGGCGCCAACGCUGUCCAAUCCAACGUGCUUAGCAUGUUAACUCGCAUGCGACAAAUCGCACUUCAUCCUGGCCUUGUACCUCAGAAUUACCUAGAAGAACUACGUAAUGCAGAGGGGAAUGAUGGUACUCAUAUUCAUGGAAAACCUUUAUCGCCCGAGGAGAAAUUGCGGCUCCAAGAACAGCUUGGGCAGGCCAUUGAAGAUUGUGAAGAAUGUCCUAUCUGUUUCAGUGUCUUGGACGAUGCAAGAAUAACGAAUUGUGCGCACAUGUUCUGUUUCCCUUGCAUUACAGAGGUGAUAUCUCGGGAUCCUAAGUGCCCAAUGGACCGCCGCCCACUCACACUCGGCGAUCUGUAUGAAAGGCUUCCUCCAACAGAUCUUACUCAGAAACCCAAUCCAGUUGGCAUACGGGCAGGCUCAUCUGCUAAAAUAGAUCAACUUAUUCAUUUAUUGAAACUCACGCCAACGAAUGAGAAAUCACUCGUUUUCUCUCAAUUUACAUCAUUCCUUGAUAAAAUUGCGGAGACGAUGGAUGAAGAAGGAAUACCAUAUGUCCGUUUUGAUGGUCAGAUGAGCGCGAAGAGGCGGCAAGAAACUCUCGCCAGCUUCUCUGAAAAGGGAAAUCGAAGGCCACGCAGCGGACUGGCAUCUAAACGAAACCCUCGGGUCAUGCUGAUUUCCUUGAAGGCGGGCGCACUUGGUUUAAAUUUAACAGGCAAGUUUGCGAAUAAUGUGUAUCUGAUGGAUCCCUGGUGGCAGGAGGGCAUUGAAAGCCAAGCAGUGGAUAGAGUCAAUCGUAUUGGUCAGAAGAAGAACGUUCACGUUUACCAGCUUAUUGCGGAGGACACGGUGGAAAGCAAAGUCCUUGAAAUCCAAGAACGGAAAAAGCAGCUUAUC